GCGGGCGGCGCGCCCUGCACCCCGCUCGGCGGCUGCCUCUCGGGCCGGGAUAUCUAUGGGGCGAACGGCGAUGCGAUGAGCCCGGGCGGGAGCCGGACCGGGGCCAGCGCCGCGCACGGGCAGCGGGGCUCCUCCAUGGGGGCUCGGCCGCAGUAGGAGCGGCGUCUCCCCGGGGCGCGAUCCGCCACCUCCCCUCCCCCUCGGGCCUCCUGAGGAGGAUGGCGACGGCGGCCGCCCCGACCCAGCUCGAAGCCGAGCUCUACUACCUGAUCGCCCGGUUCCUGCAGUCCGGACCCUGCAAGAAAUCCGCCCAGGUGAGCGGGGAGCCGGGGGCUCCGGCCGGGCCGGGGCGGGGACGGGACGGGACGGGGCAGGAGGGCGGCGGAGCCGCUGCGCUGCGGGCGCCGGGCUCACGUCCUUUGUGUGUCUGUGUGUCCGUCUCUCCCCAGGUGCUGGUGGAGGAGCUGGAGGAGCACCAGCUGAUCCCCCGGCGCCUGGACUGGCAGGGCAAGGAGCACCGCCGGAGCUUCGAGGACCUGGUGGCUGUCAAUGCACACAUCCCUCCGGAUUAUCUUCUUAGGAUCUGUGAGAGACUUGGACCCCUUUUAGACAAGGAAAUCCCACAGAGCGUCCUAGGUGUGCAGACUUUGCUAGGUGUCGGGCGCCAGUCUCUAUUAAGGGCAGCAAAAGAUUUCAGACAUACACUAUGGAAAGGAUCCGCAUUUGCGGCUCUUCACAGAGGCCGGCCUCCCGAACUACCUGUAAAUUAUGGGAAACCACCAAACGUGGUAAAUAUAAUUUCUGCCAGGCAAUUAACUGGAUGUGGACGUUUCAGCCACUUGUUCCCAACAUCCACUUACCAACACAUGAAAAUGCAUAAGAGGAUUUUGGGACAUCUAUCAUCUGUUUAUUGUAUCGCCUUUGAUCGCAGUGGGAGAAGAAUUUUUACAGGGUCAGAUGAUUGUUUGGUCAAAAUCUGGGCUACAGAUGAUGGGCGCCUACUCUCAACGUUGCGAGGACACUCGGCCGAAAUUUCUGACAUGGCUGUUAACUACGAGAACACGCUGCUUGCUGCGGGCAGUUGUGAUAAAGUAGUCCGAGUGUGGUGUCUUCGAACCUGUGCCCCAGUCGCAGUGCUGCAGGGCCAUUCAGCUUCCAUUACUUCCAUACAGUUCUCUCCAGCAAGGAAAGGAACAACACGAUACCUCACUUCUACUGGUGCUGACGGAACAAUCUGUUUCUGGCAGUGGCAUGCUAACACCAUGAAAUUUAAGGAUCGUCCUGUAAAAUUUGCAGAGAGGUCCAGGCCUGGUGUUCAGAUAUCUUGUUCGUCUUUCAGUUCCGGUGGCAUGUUCAUUGCAACAGGCAGUACUGACCACGUGAUAAGAAUUUAUUAUUUGGGCUCAGAAUCUCCGGAGAAGAUGGCUGAGUUAGAAUCUCAUACGGAUAAGGUGGUUGCAGUUCAGUUCUGUAACAACGGCGACAGCUUAAGAUUUGUUAGUGGAAGCAGAGAUGGAACAGCAAGAAUAUGGCACUAUCAGCAGCAAGAUUGGAAGAGUGUAGUCCUGGAUAUGGCUACUAAAAUGACAGGAAACAAUGUAGCAUCUGGGGAGGACAAGGUGACUAAACUGAAGGUUACUAUGGUGGCUUGGGAUAGACACGAUGCCACUGUCAUCACUGCAGUCAACAAUUUCCUUCUCAAAGUGUGGAACUCGUCCACAGGGCAGCUUCUUCAUAGCUUAUCUGGUCACGAUGAUGAAGUUUUUGUUCUGGAGGCCCAUCCGUUUGACCAAAGGAUUGUACUUUCAGCAGGUCAUGAUGGAAAUAUUUUUGUUUGGGAUAUAGACAAAGGAACAAAAAUUCGCAAUUACUUCAACAUGAUUGAGGGCCAAGGCCAUGGAGCUGUUUUUGAUUGCAAGUUCUCACCAGAUGGACAGCAUUUCGCCUGCACAGACUCUCAUGGACAUCUGCUCCUAUUUGGUUUUGGAUGCAAUAAAUAUUAUGAAAAGAUUCCAGAUCAGAUGUUCUUCCAUACGGAUUACCGACCACUGAUCCGUGAUGCAAAUAACUAUGUGUUGGAUGAACAGACUCAACAGGCUCCACAUCUUAUGCCUCCUCCAUUCUUGGUGGAUGUUGAUGGAAAUCCUCAUCCCACGAGAUUCCAGCGACUGGUACCAGGAAGGGAAAAUUGCAAGGAUGAACAACUUAUUCCUCAGCUGGGAUAUGUAGCUAACGGUGAUGGCGAAGUAGUUGAACAAGUCAUCGGACAGCAAACUAAUGACCAGGAUGAGAGUAUCCUUGAUGGAAUGAUCAGAGAGCUACAGAGGGAACAAGAUCUGAGACUGAUUAAUGAAGGAGAAACUCUUCCAAACCCUCCACUCAACAGAUCCCACUCUGUUAAUGGCGCUCUUCGAAGUCCAGGUUUGGAUGUUACGUCUCCACCAAACGUUGGUCUCCGGAGAAGUGGUCAGAUUGAAGGGGUCCGGCAAAUGCAUCACAACGCUCCCCGAAGUCAGAUGGCAACAGAGAGAGAUCUCAUGGCGUGGAGCAGGAGGGUGGUGGUGAAUGAGCUUCCUCCAGGCAUCAGCAAGGUCCAGGAAGAAUGUCGAGCUGCCAAAGGUGAAAUCGAAAUUAAUUUAUACACUGUUGAAAAGAAGAGAAAGCCAUCCCACACCUUACAACGGAACGAUUACCAACCAGGAAGUGGAAGGUCUUUGAGAAGAAACCAACGCAAACGCCAGCACGCCUACCAAACACGCUCCACAAUUGAACACAGCCAGCAAGGAGCGAGUCAAAAUGCACGUGCACGGGAAGAAUCAGACAGCUCCUCAGAGGAAGAUGAGACUGUUGGCACAAGUGAUGCAUCUGUGGAUGAUCCUGUGGCAGCAUGGCAAAGUGAAAGCAGUUCCAGUGAUUCAUCAAGCGAAUAUUCUGACUGGACAGCAGAUGCUGGAAUUAAUCUCCAGCCUCCAAAGAGACAAACCAGGCAGGCAGCUCGGAAAAUCUGUAGUAGUUCUGAAGAUGAAAAUAUGAAGGGAACAAAAGGAUUGGAGCCAAAACGAAGGAAACUUAAACAGCCUAGAAAAAAGAAACCAAGUGGACUGCUUUCGAUGGAAGGUGAACCCAGCGAAGAAUGGCUUGCCCCGCAGUGGAUCUUGGAUACUAUACCCCGCCGCUCACCUUUUGUCCCACAAAUGGGAGAUGAGAUCAUAUAUUUUAGACAAGGCCAUGAAGCUUAUGUGCGGGCAGUAAGGAAAGCAAAAAUUUACAGUAUUAACAUGCAAAAACAACCAUGGAACAAAAUGGAACUCAGGGAACAAGAAUUUGUGAAGACUGUAGGAAUUAAAUAUGAAGUUGGGCCUCCUACGCUCUGCUGCUUGAAGCUUGCAUUCCUAGAUCCAAUCACAGGCAAAAUGACAGGAGAAUCAUUUUCCAUAAAGUACCAUGAUAUGCCAGAUGUUAUUGACUUCCUUGUGCUGCAUCAGUUUUAUAAUGAAGCCAAAGAAAGGAACUGGCAAAUAGGGGAUAGGUUUCGCAGUAUAAUAGAUGAUGCUUGGUGGUUUGGAACCGUGGAGAGUCAGCAGCCUUUCCAGGCAGAAUAUCCUGAUAGUUCCUUCCAGUGCUACUGUGUUCACUGGGACAAUAACGAAAGAGAGAGGAUGAGUCCAUGGGACAUGGAACCAAUUCCAGAAGGAACUGCUUAUCCAGAGGAGGUUGGUGCUGGAGUUCCCGUGACUCCAGAUGAGCUGACAGCUCUUCUCUACAAACCCCAGGAAGGAGAAUGGGGAGCCCAUUCCAGAGAUGAAGAAUGUGAGCGAGUAAUCCGGGGGAUUGAGCAACUUCUUUCCCUUGACAUUUCUAAUCCCUUUGCUGUUCCGGUGGACCUUAGUGCCUAUCCCAUGUAUUGCACUGUUGUUGCUUAUCCAACUGACCUCACCACAAUCAGGAGGAGGCUUGAAAACAGGUUUUAUAGGAGAAUCUCUGCACUGAUGUGGGAGGUACGAUACAUUGAACAUAAUGCCAGGACUUUCAACGAGCCAGACAGUCCUAUAGUCAAAGCAGCCAAAAUCGUAACAGAUGUCUUACUUCGCUUCAUCGGGGAUCAGAGUUGCACUGAUAUAUUAGAAAUAUAUAACAAGGUGAAAGCAGAAGACCUAAGCAGUACUGAUGAAGAAGAGGAGGUGGCAGAAGUAGAUGUAGAUUCAGAUGCUCCGGGAACUUCCUCUGGAAAAAGACGAGUAAGACGACGAAUAAAAAGACAGCCCAUGAAAGCAAGUCCCGAUGCUUGGAAAGAGCAGUGCAAGCAGUUGUUAAACCUGAUUUAUGAAAGAGAGGACUCUGAGCCUUUUAGACAGCCAGUUGAUCUCUUCUCCUAUCCUGAUUAUCGAGAUAUUGUAGAUACUCCUAUGGACUUUAGCACUGUGAAAGAAACCUUGGAAGCAGGAAACUACACUAGUCCCUUGGAAUUCUACAAAGAUAUUCGUUUAAUAUUCUGCAACUCUAAAGCUUACACUCCUAAUAAAAAGUCUCGAAUUUACAGCAUGACACUUCGACUAUCUGCCUUAUUUGAAAAUCAUAUGAAAAAUAUAAUCUCUGAGUACAAGUCAGCAAUGCAAUGUCAGAAGAGGAAAAGGCCACGGUACCGAAAGCGGCUAAGAAGCAGUAGCAGUUCACCGUCAACUAGCAGAGCAUCUAGCCCCAAAGGGAAACAGAAGCAAAUGAAGAUUCAACCUAAACCCAACCAGAAUACCUCACUGCCUUUGACUAGGACUAGUUCUUCAGUUUCAUCUCAUGUUUCAGAUACAGCAGAAGAACCUCUGGGUUCAGCCACAGGUGAAGAAAUGGAAGGCCAGCCAUCUUCCUCAGGCUCAAAUGCACAGAACCGAAGUGGAAAUACUGUUGAUCCAGGGAAAAGUAGACCGAUCAGGAGUAAAUCCACACCAGUGAAACAAGAUCACUCUCCUGACGGACCACUUACAAAUGGCGACGGCAGAGAACCUCGGACGGGAGUCAAGAGGAAGUUAGUAAGUGCAUCAGAAGAUGAUGAGCAUCUGGAGGAGGCGGAGGAAGAGGAAAAGAAGAAGAGAGAAUUAAAGGAAAAAUCUGGUUUGUCUUCAUCAGAAAGUGGGGAAUCAGGAUCCAGUUCAAGUUCUGAAAGCAGAAGCGGCUCUGAUUCAGACUCUGAAUCAACAUCUAGAACAGAUCAGGAUUACAUUGACGGCGACCACGACUACAGCAAAGUGGUGCAAUCCAAAAAACCCAAAAGAAAAAUCAAAAGAAAAAUCACUGGUGGGAAAAGGAAUUGGCAAGGCAGAGGGACAGGGAGGAGAGGUAGGUGGGGGAGGUGGGGGAGGUGGAGCAGAGGGGGAAGAGGUGGCAGAGGCGGAAGAGGCUGCGGCAGAGGAAGAGGUGGCGGCAGGGGAGGAAGAAGAGGCCGAGGAGGCAGAGGAGCCUCUCGAGGAGCCACCAGAGCAAAACGUGCCCGAAUUACAGAUGAUGAAUUUGAAAAUCUGUUUGGAGGACAAUUUGGUGAAAACGUGUUUGGAGGGCGCUUCAGUAGACCGCCUCGAAUCAAAACAAGGAACGAGGGCAGGAGAACUGUCUUGUACAACGACGAUUCUGAUAAUGACAAUUUUGUACACACCGAGGAUCCGUUGAACCUUGGUACUUCCAGGUCAGGCAGGGUGCGGAAAAUGACAGAAAAAGCCAGGGUCAGCCAUCUCAUGGGAUGGAAUUAUUGACAGAUGAAAAACUUUGGAACAAUUUUAAAAGAACUUCAAUGGCCUUCUACUGCAGGGAUUUUACCAGAAAAUCUACCAAGCAAGUUGUGCGGGGACUCCACUCACGUUUCACAGUGGUGCUUUUCCAUUAUGUCAGUUUGCAUUUGUUUUAAAACUUCAGAUCGCCACACUUCAUUGGUUCAAACAAGCCUUAUUCAUUAGGCCUUAAAUUACAGAAAUUCUUCCCCACACACUACAAGUUCAUCGCAUUAAAGAGGCUUCCACCUUCUCGAUAAGAACAUGACGUUUUGAGUCACGAUUAUGACUUCUCUCCCUUGUUUUGUUUUUGUAUUAUAGAAAUAGCACCUUCUUACAGAGUUUUUAUGUGGUUUCUGCCAUAAAUCCUUAUACACAGUAAUAAUUAUAACUUUUGCACAAUACACCAAUCCUAAAGGCAGCUAUAAAAUGUUUACAGUUUCUAUAUUGUAAGAAGGAUCUGGAUUAUUUUAAUCUUCCCAGGCCAAACGUUCAUGAAUUGUGCUGAACUGAAGUACGUCUAUACUACAGUCACGGGGGUCCUGAUGUGCUUUCUAUCGGUUCUUUAUUCAUGUAAAAAGUGACAAAGGGUUGGUGCCUUGUAAAUAUGUAGCAAACCUUCGAUGUGGUGUGUCCUAUGUGUGCAUUAACUUUAUUAAAAAGAGAAUACUUGAGAAGUAUGAAUAUCUAGACAAAAGGUGCCAAAUGCAAAAGUUACUUGCAUCUAUUUUCUUUUUGUCCUCUCAUAUUUUUAUAGUAUUAAUAGAGAUUGUGCAGCUAAGGGGUAACUUCAACAUUUGAAAGGUUCCUCCUCUUCAAAGCAAAACGUGAUUUUUAAUAGUAGCUCAGCUACCUCUAUUUACAACUACUGGAAACUUAAAAGAAAAUAGAUGCUAUUACUCAGUACGUGUUGGAGAAGAGGCGAGGAGGAGCGUAGAGGGAUGGAAUUGCUCGCAAAGUUGUAGAGUAACUAUAUCCUCAUCAUGGUGACGCAAUGAGAACAAAUCUAAGAAACUCUCUGAGUUUUCAGCAGCGUAAUGUUUUCAGCAGACAGUGGUUUGUUCGUGCAGAUAGGCUGACUGUCUCCCACGCAUUUCUGCUGCCACUUGCUCGGUGCAAAUCUGUGUUAGUUUUAAUUUGCCCCUUGAAGGUGAUGAGGGAGCUGGAGGGAGUUCUGGUAGCUCCAGUGGCUGGCGGUACGGAUAAGCUCCUGUGCACAUCCUCCAGACAGACUCUUGUAUCUCAUGCUUCCAGAAGAGAAUUCGUGUUGCACUGUACUCCUGAAAAAAGCUAACUUGAAAACAGAAAUCAUUUUGGUAGCACUAGUACAGUACGUGAUGGCGUUUGUAGUCUUGGUCCUCGGUGAACAGAAAGAGGUGUUUGGUGUAGGCUGAGCUGGAGAUGAGCAGCCUCUUCCUUCGUAGGGUCUGGCUGGAAUAUAUAUGGGCCUUCAAUUUUCUCCCGUUGUCUAAAUGAACCUGACAGUUCUAGCUUGGUUAAGAGAGUGAGUUAGGUUACACAGAGAGAACGAACGAAAAAAGAGACCAGAAAGUUUUGGUGGAGUUUUUCAAGAUUUUUAAAAAAAAAAAAAAAAAAAAAAAAAAAAAAAAAAAACAAACUUUCAUCCAAUAUCCUUCAGUUCUUCUGUGCACAGCUUGGUCAAUAAUUCUGGAAAACCUCAGGCAGCAAAGAGUGACCCAUGUAUAUUCUCAGAUGCAGAAGGAAUUUAAUUUUUGACUUUCUAUAUUAAGCACUAGCUAUUUUAUCUCGCUUUCCAAAAAUUCUAGUUAGAUGCAAAAUGACUUGAAAAAAUGCAGAGGUUUAGUUUUGUGAUGGAGGAGAGUAUAUCCUAAAUUGCUCAGUUUAUGGUACAGUACAAAAAAAUCACACUUUUAAUUUUUUAAGGAAUGUUUUGAAUCGGCCGUAAUCCAUUUCUGGACUUGAUUCAGUUGUGUAUUGAUGGGGAACAAAAAAAAAAAAAAAGUGCAGAGGCUCUCCUAGUUCUGUAUUGGGCUUUAAACUAUAAACACCUGUCCUCUCAUCUCUCAUAUAUAUGUAUAUAUAUAUACACACAGAUAUAUUUAUAAGAAAUGUAUUAUUUCUUCGCCUGAUUGGUCCUUCUACAUAUGGUAACCAGGAAUAGCAUGUACGCAUCAGUUCGUAGUUGGAAUCAUACCCCUUCUAGAGCAGUCCUCUUGAGCUAAUGUAAACACUAUGGUUUCUGUUCGAAAGCCUGAAAACCUUGAAAUGCAAAAGAAAUGCUUUUCAUAUAUUUCUGACUGGCCGAAGAUCCACUGACUUAUUUAUUUUGUCUAGGGGUUGGGGAGAGAUAAAACACGUGGAUUCCAGAGAAAUCGUUUUAUAAGUUUGUGUAUUUUAGCAGCGAUUAGAAUAAUAUUAAAUAUGUUCUUAAAUGUAUCUUUUCUAUGUAAUGAAGUACUGUGAAGAUAACAGUGAAGCAUCACUUUGCUGUGGCGUAAGUAUUAAUCAAAUGUGUUACAUGGUUAAGAGCUAGGCAGCAGGGUGUGCUAGAACAACAGAACUAUUGCUUAUUGUAAAAAAAAAAAAAAAAAAGCUUUUUUUUUGUGCAUGAGAUCCUUUUUAUAAGCAUGAAAGAAAUAACUUGGGUUUAGAGAUGGUUUUUUUACUUGGUUUUGUAUCUGGAUUCUUCCUCUGAGUUAGGCAGUUGAUUUCUUACAGCCUCGUUCUGUGGAAUAAUUACAAUUUCGUAGUAACUUGGACACUUUCUCUCAAAACCCAGAUCCUAUUAGGAGCCACUGACGGUUGCAGAAAACCUAGUGUCGACCCAGCAGGUGCAGCGGAAGCACUGAAACGAUUUAAACCUUGUUCCAUCUCCGUCCCUAGUCCAAAACCCGGGUGCACGUCAUGGGGUUGCCGAGCUGCAAGCCGGCCGUGCUGCCCGGCGUGGUGCAGUCAGGACCGUAGUCUCUCUCCUUGCACUUUUAACAAAAAAAAGAAAAGGGUUUGAAGGUCCGAUUACAUUCAGAUUCCCGAAGGGUAACAAGGUGUGCAGGCAGGCCAGGGGUUCCUCUGCUGCUGCAGGAUUAAUUCUCGGGCAUUGGUGCUUCCAGGUUUUCUUGCGUGAUCCUUCUCCCGAGCUGCCGGGGGACUUGAGGGCGUUCGGAGAUGCCUUGGAAAACGGGGCUGGUGCCCCAAGGGGUUUUACUCGCAGCAGAGCCUCAGCCCCACGCGUUCCGCUCUCCGUGGGGAUGGGGCCGAAAGUCUUGUGUGCGUCUUUGUGCUGGGGUUUCUGCUGGCUGCAGACCCGCUCGCUGUCGCGCUCCAACUUCUGCCCACAGCAGGGCAUGAAUGACAAAUUUUGCGGUCCUGGCGUGCUGUUGUCUCCGUUCAGCCCAAACUUUGCCUGCUUUUUUUAUGUUCUCUUAUCACCUUUUGGUUUUCUCUUUGCCAUCCUCCACCUCUCUUUACCUUCCCUUUAUUGCCCCUGUAGGUUAUUUAGGAUACUCUUCUGGAAACUUAGGACAUCUUGAUGAGGUUUUUUUCGGCUAGACUGUAAGAUUUAAUUCUUUCUAUGCCUCUCCCCAAGACUUUCGAUAUUUUUUUCUUAGCCUUACUUUGCUAGCAAGGUUCCCAAAUUUCUGGAUUUAAUGGAAAGUUUGAGGGCCGGCUCCUCGGCUGCCCUGCACCUCUGUGGCCAUCCGCACCCCGAGUGGAAAUGCCGCCUGAUGAGACGGGGCAGCAGGUGCCUUCCCUUGCUCCGCUGCCGGCGGUCACAGGGAGGCAGGGCAGCAGGAUUGUUCCCCUUGUGCCACCUUGCACGCUCCUACGUAAACCAAUGCGUAGUUCCCACCUGGUAUCCCUUAACGCACGUGCUCCGUCUCCACCGAAUUACUCCUUUUUCUCCAUAAUCUAAGCAGUGGCCACCCCCUUAUCCCGAUCACCCCCACCCUGCAGGUAAACAAGCUAAAUAGAAUCGUGAAGAAAUAAUUUGUGGAUGAUUUUUUGGCUGCUUAAAAUGUUGCGUCCUGUUGCAUAUUUUAAUUUUCCCUGAAUUUUUCCUUAAAUGUACACCUCAGCUGCUUCUCCUGCACAACAGCAGGAAGACUGUAGUUCCUAAAGCACUGAAAAGUCCUGACACCAGGUGCGUAGUAAAGAGAGUUUUCAAGUGAUUUAAAAAUUGUGGAAAGACCACCUACAACGUAUUGGCUUUGGACAACGUUUGGAGGUUCUCUUGGCCGCAAAAAUCAAGCUGAACCUUGGCAAGCACUUGAAAAAGCCGCUCCUGGGUGUCCCUGGCACGUUUCUGACAACCGUUCAAAAUCACACAGUUAACGUAAGAAAAUAAGCUUAAAUCACUAAUUUUUGCUAAGAACUUGAUGAAUAUUUCAUCUCUGAGUGGUGAAUGACAGGGAAAACUGAAGAGCUGUAGGUGUAAGGAUGUCUGGUCAGCCCUGACGUGGAGCGUUCUGCUGUCGUUGGUCUGUCUCAUGAAUUCAGUGUUUUUUAAAAUGUAUUUGUGGGUUUACAUUUCUUGAUUUUAUUUUAUUUUUUUUGAGAACCAUCAUGCAGAGUUUUAUAAAAUGCUAAUUAUUUACACGAUAGACUGAAGGAGCAGUUAACAAUCCAAGGAUAAAUCUAUAUUUAGUAUUGUAGGGAGCUGUCAUUGUGUUCUUACAAGUAUGUAUUAUAGAAAAUUACUGCGCAUGUGCGAUAGAUAAUUUUCAAAUAUUAGUAUUUCAGAGGUUUACACAUUGAGGAAAAAAAAAAGCAACUCCUUUAUGUACAGUAAGUAACAGCCUGCAAAAUUUAGUCUGAAAGUUGUCUUUUUUAGUAUUAGAAAUGCAAAGACCUGUUGGAAGCUUGUACAUUUUUAAUAUGUCAUGUUCAGCCCACAGCAAACUUACACAACUGUGCUAUGAAUCCCUGAAAAAUUAGAUUCCCAGUGGAAUUGCUGUCACAGCCUUAACUCUAGUAUUAUAAAAAUGGUGCUUAAAUACAUUUAUGUGCAUGGAUGUGGGUACCCGGUAAGAGUUUGUGAGAAUUUAAAGUAAAACCGAGCAGCUUAGUGCUGCGCUCGCGAGUUAAUAAUCCUGUUUGAUAACUGCAGCCACAUCGGGGAACGUGUAAAUAUUCAGAAAAUAUUUAAACCAGUGGACAAUUAAGAGCAGUUUCUCAAUUUUGGGGUUUUUUUAAUUGGCAAGCACUGCAUACCUUCCCGAUUUCUGCAAACAGGAUGGCGAGAGGAGCAGCACCGGAGGCCGGGGGAGCCGAGGUCCUGCCUGGAUCUUCGCGUGCCUCCUGGCUGCUCCGUCCUUUGGCAGAUAAACCCCAAAUUCUGCGUUUCUCUUCCUAAAAAUGCCUCCUCAGAGAGCGGUGGCUGCUUGGGUAUAUUCUGAAAUCAGUGUCUGGUGAUUAUUUUUCUGUAGAAAUACUAACACAUGCUAUUCAUUCCUCCAUGAGUCAUUAUAGCAGCCUUUAUUUAGAAAUACCAGUUGGUGUUGGAGCGAUGAAAUUCACGUGAUUUAGGCUCUCCAGUUCAUGUUCUGGAUGAUUUAAAAUACUUCAAAAAAUGCACAAAACUAUUAGAAUUAUGUCUACUUUCUAUAUUGAUUUUUUUCUUUUUUUUCAGGUGAUAUUUAUGCCCAUAUCUUCACAUCCGCUAUCUCAGGUCCCUUUAAAUGAAUACUUCAGGGAUUUUGAUGCCACUUGUUGGCAGACCAAAUGUAAUAUUUAUAUGCAAUGAGCUGUUAGUUUUUGUAUUGUACAAAUGUAAAUUUGUAAAGAUUUUUUUCUAGAGUUUUUUUGAAGUCACUUAUGUAAUCUAGGAUGUUUCAUUUUCCAGCUGUGGGAUUGUCUUAAUAAAAAAAAAAAAAAAUAAA